CUUGCCACCUCUUGUCCCUACUCCUGGCACCACCAGCAGGAGCAGCUCGGCUCCGUCUCUCCCACACCGGGCUUGGAGCAGGCMGUGCCCGCCGGCGGCUCCGCGGCACCGGGAACACCGGCGGGCUGCCAGCGGGGACAACUUUUCCACAUGGAGUAUAUCAGCACUCGGGGAGGCACGAAGGCCGUGGACUUCGAGGGAGCCCUUUUCUCCGGCUACGCGCCCGAUGGGGGCCUCUUCAUGCCCCAGCGCAUCCCCUGGCUGGACAGGGACACCCUGCGAAGGUGGAGCAGUCUCCCCUACCCUGAGCUGGUCAAGGAGCUGUGCUCCCUCUUCAUCCCGGACAAGCUGAUCCCACGGAACGCRCUCAGCGACCUGAUCGACAGGGCCUUCAAGAGGUUCAGACACAAGGAUGUUGUGCAUCUGUCCAGGCUGAAAGAUGGGCUGAAUGUUUUGGAGCUCUGGCAUGGUGUUACUUAUGCAUUUAAGGACCUGUCUUUGUCCUGCACAGGACAGUUUUUACAGUACUUCUUGGAGAAAAAGCAGAAGCAUGUCAAUAUUCUGGUGGGGACUUCAGGGGACACGGGGAGCUCAGCCAUCGAGAGCGUGAGAGGGCAGAAGAACAUGGACAUCUUUGUUCUGCUGCCCAAGGGGUUCUGCACCCAGAUACAGGAACUUCAGAUGACCACCGUCAUUGAAGACAACGUCCACGUCUUUGCUGCUCAGGGGAACAGCGAUGAAAUCGAUGAGCCGAUCAAGGAACUGUUUGCUGAUGUCGAUUUUGCUGGAAAAUACAACCUGAUGAGCCUGAAUUCUGUCAAUUGGUCCAGGAUUAUGGUGCAGAUUGCUCACUACUUCUAUGCUUACUUUCACUGUGCCCCAUCCCUCGAUACCACCCCUCUGCCAGUGGUGGAAAUCGUUGUGCCAACAGGAGGAGGAGGAAAUAUUACAGCUGGCUGUAUUGCCCAGAAAAUGGGUCUCCCAAUUCAACUUGUUACUGUGGUGAACAGCAAUGACAUCAUUCACAGGACUGUUCAACAUGGAGAUUUCUCACUGGCAGAGAGUGUGAAGGCCACGUUGGCAUCAGCAAUGGAUAUUCAGGAGCCUUACAAUGUGGAGAGGAUCCUCUGGCUGCUCUCAGGCUCUGACAGCUGCCUGAUAAAAACAAUGAUGGAGCAAUUCAACAUCUCAAAAAGGCUGAAGCUGCCAGAAGACUUGCACAGGAAGCUCUCUGAGACCCUGAGAUCGUGCUCAGCCUCUGAUGAGGACAUUGUGAGAGCCAUGCGGCGCUGCUGGGAGGAGAACCAGUACCUGCUGUGCCCCCACUCUGCCGUGGCUGCUCACUACCACUACUCACAGCCACACAGCAUUCCCCGGUGUUGCUUAGCUCCAGCCUCUGCRGCCAAAUUUCAGGAUGCCCUCCUCCAAGCCGGCCUGGUUCCCCAAAUCCCCCCUGAAAUCACUGCCCUGACAGCRAUGGAGACCAGGUCCACUCCCCUGGAGCGGGGACAGGACUGGGCACAGGUGCUCCAGGGCCGGAUUGAAGCUGUGACACAGCAGUGGGAAGCACAGGGGGGUCAGUUUGUACCCCAGGGCAGGGGGGGAUCACUGGGCAGUUAGUCACACAAACCUGAGCUGCUGAGCACAGCUGGACAAUGCCUCUCAGGGCUCAUUCUCCACGCCCAGGAAAGCCCCAUGCUACACUGUGAGUCUCCAUGCAAUGAUUUGUAAGCAAGAAUGCACUUCCCUGUUGAACUACAUGGACUAUCUCAUAAAAUUUUCAAUGAAGAGUUGAAUUAGAUGGACAAUUACAUAAGAUUUUUAGUAAAGAGCGCUGCAAUUGUAUCCACUUUUUCCUAGUAAUCCAUAAAAACUGAUUGAAACUCUGGGUAAACCUGCCUGUUCCAUCAUUAUGGGCUUUUACAGAAAGCUUUCUUAAGCACUACUCACAGCUGCCUGCUUCUUCAGCAUUAUCCAKUGAUUCUGGCUUUGUGCUGGGAUAUUCAUCCCAGCAAUCCCAAUAACACCCAAGAUGCUCAAUAGGAAAUGUGUGCAAGAGUGGAGCAGAUCUGCUUUACCCAUCCUUUUUUCAAUUUAAGCGGUGCCAGGGAUCAUUCCCAGACAUUGAAAUGUGCUCUGUGAUAGUGAUAAAUAGCAAAUGUUAGCCCUAGACAUGCUUAUCUUAAAUAACUACUUUCCAGUGCUGUAUCUCACAGUUUUUGGUCCUAGUCCUGCUGCAGACUCUUCCCAGGCAACUUCCACUGUAACUAGUAGGAAAUGGGAAAUUCCCCUCAUCUUCUGCUUGAAACUUCAGGUCUUUCAAUACCACGUUCUCAUCAUAUAAAUAUAUAAAUACUCUGUGUGGGAGCUGCCUCCACAAGUCAUGCAUCUGGCAGGAAUCUCUGUGCCUAAAAAAGGGGGAAGAAAAAUAGGAAUAAUUAUACCAGAGGGAAAAAAUCCCCCUUUGCCAUCAAAAAAAAAAAAAAAAAAGAAUUACCCCCUUUAACAUCAAAGGAAGUCCUGUAAUGGGAGGAUUAAUUUGAAGGUUUAGUGGCAUUUAACAGGGUAAAAGUAAAUUCUGUGAAGUGAUUCAGCCUGGGAUGUUGCAGAACAUGUGGGAAGAGUGGGAAGCUUGGCCUGGKCUGCAAGCUGCCUUGCUGGCACCCAGGCAGCCUUUUCCUCUGCUCCCUCCGGCACAGCCGGCCCUGUGCCACCUCCUCCCAUCCCACUGAAACCCUGCAGGAGAGGAGGRACCUGUGCCUCCUCCAGGGUGGGGGCUGAGGCUGCCCCAUCCCAAUUAACGGGGAUGAGGGAAACAGCUUAGCUGAAGAUGRUGUAAAAACCACAGCACCUGGAUGUUUUUAAUACUAUCAGCUCUACUUGCAUGGAUCAAGCAGCUGGGAGGAAUAUGGUCCUGGGGUCCAGGAAUGAUGUUUCAUGAGGCCAUUAUUCACCUUUCUAUGARAGCCAAACCAGCAAAAUACCUCUAUUUAAGCAACAGCUUCAUCCUCAUGAAUAACCCUGCUGAAAAAGGAUGGCUUUGCACUGGGGGUAGUGCAGGAUGUCACUGGAGGUGGCAGUAAAAAACUUCUCGAUCCCAUUUGACCCCCAUGAUCAGUUUCCCCUUUCAUUGAUGCAGAAGUGAURCUCUUUGGACCCCACCACCUUUAACAGCUGCCUCCCUAAUUUGGCAGUUCUCAGCCAGGGGUGGCUGCCCAGUUGUAAUUUAGCCCUUAAUCAUAGCUUUAGACACGCUGCGAGAGGGGAGAGGCCUGAAAUUGCACYCAGUUCUGCAUCCAAAAGAGAGGCUGCAAACCUGGCUGUCUGUUCACGACCAGAUUGGGAGGCUGGGGCAGGAGGGCACAGGGCAAGACCCUGACCCUUCACUGGGGAACAAUGGGAAGGAUAGAGUGAGUGGGCUGGACUUGCAGCCCGCCAAAAUSCUGGUGUGUUUUGCAAGCAGAAAGCGUGACGAAUACAUUCCAUGCUCCCAUCCCAGUGCCCUGAAGCAGUGGCAUGAGGAAAGGGUCCAGCCUCAUUGCAGGGUGAAAAGGAAUUUAAUUCUCAGCUGUCCCUGAGGAUCCCUUCACAGGGUGAGGAUGCUACUUCUCCCCCAGCCCAAACCAGAUUUUUUUUGGGCAGAACACUGUGAAAACUCUCUGUGCCAUCUCUGGGACAGAAGAACAGCAGGAAAAGCCUGAUCCAUGCCUGGAGCCCAGGCAGAGGGAGCACAGACAGGCUUGACUUGCACAGGAGAAAAUGCAUAGCCGUGCGUGCYAGCCCAAUGCCUGGGAUAUGGGCAUGAACCUGKCCCCUGCUGUGUCCCACMACCUGCU